AUGGAGACCCUGUUCGCAGUCAACAGUGCCGAUUCCAGCGUUUCCGUCGGACCCAGCCAACUUGGUGGGCUGGGGCUGUUUGUUAACAAGGACACGGACGGCGAGAUUCUCAGAAUUGGCCGUCAGCACAUCUACAACAUCUACACCUGUUUGGAGCUCUGUAAAAAGCUGGAGGACCAGACGGAAGUCUCCGUGAUUAGGUCGCUUUUGGGUUUCUACUGCAACGGCCCGCCCAAUGAAACCAGAAUCCUGACUUGCUACAUGGUUGGGUUCGAGGUUCUUCGCCGGUUGGGCAAGCUAGAGGGAUACCAGGAGCUCCAACAGUAUUUGAAUAUUUUACUGCGCACAGAAAUUGAUAACUUAUGGCAGGACGAGGAGCCUCUUCUUGAGAGUUAUUAUGAGCUGGAGCCGGGAAACUCGCUCAUGAAUGCUACGUUGCUGGAAAAACAGAGCCGUGAAGUUGAGGAAUUGUCCAAGUACAUCUCCGAGACGUGGAAGGUGACUGUUGAAGAGCACGAGAUCCACCAGCUCGUAGCGGCGAUCCGUUCGCGAACGCUGGAAGUGCCCCGAAAAAUCAGCGACGACGAGUUCUCCGUCGACAUCACGCUCGUGCCGCUUCUAGACUUUGCCAACCACGACAACGCCAAACAGAACGCCUAUUUUGAUCUCGAUCCAGAAACAGACGAGGUCGUCCUGAUUGCAAGAGGACUGCUCUCUGGCGGCUCGGAGGUGCUCAUUAGCUACACGCCGGUUGAGGAGAUGACGCAAAUGUUUGUCACGUACGGUUUCUAUCCUCGCUCGGACGGUCUGAAGGUGGUGGACGUGCCGUUCUGGGGAUACUACCACUUUGACCGAUCUGAGGAGCUGGCCCAGUACGUUUUCCAGCAGCGGCAGCCGACAAACCUGCAGUUUGUGCUAGAGUAUGCGGACGGUCAGCUGGUGGACCUGUUUCUCAAUAUGGCAUCUAACUACAGUUUUGCAGGGCUCAUUGCCAUGGACGACGUGCAGAGCGUGAUGGAAAAAGCAUCCGAGGAGCAGAUUGAUGGGGCGCUAGCUACGCUGCUGGGACUGGUAGAGUCUUGCUUCAGGGAACGGAUCGAGCGGCUCGAAAAGUUUGCCAAAUUCUGCGACGACUACGAGGCAGAAAAUGGCACUAAAAAUAUUAAGCAGCUGGUACAGUUCCAGCUGGAAUUGUACAACAAAUAUCUAGACAAGAUGCAGCAGACAGCGCCACAGGCGGGCACUGGAUCACUAUACGACCUCGUGAUGAUUGACGGAGACGACUGGGUCGAGUACCGUCUACCACCGGUUUACAAUUUCGUCACUAGGGAGCUGGCACGGCAUUAA